UCGGCCGCCGCAGCCCGCCAUGGCCCACUCGCCCGUGGCGGUGCAAGUGCCCGGCAUGCAGAACCAUAGAGCAGACCCAGAAGAACUAUUCACAAAACUGGAACGCAUUGGAAAAGGCUCCUUUGGUGAAGUCUUUAAAGGAAUUGAUAAUCGGACACAGCAAGUAGUUGCUAUAAAAAUCAUAGACCUUGAGGAAGCAGAAGAUGAAAUAGAAGAUAUACAGCAAGAGAUAACUGUUUUAAGUCAGUGUGAUAGUCCUUAUGUAACAAAAUACUACGGAUCAUAUUUAAAGGGCACAAAACUAUGGAUAAUAAUGGAAUACUUGGGUGGAGGGUCAGCUUUGGAUCUUCUGCGUGCUGGCCCAUUUGAUGAGUUCCAGAUUGCUACCAUGCUAAAGGAAAUCCUGAAAGGUCUUGACUACCUACACUCAGAGAAGAAAAUUCACAGGGAUAUAAAAGCUGCCAAUGUCUUGUUAUCAGAACAAGGCGAUGUUAAGCUUGCUGAUUUUGGAGUUGCUGGGCAGCUGACAGACACGCAAAUUAAGAGGAAUACCUUUGUUGGAACUCCGUUUUGGAUGGCCCCUGAAGUUAUUCAGCAGUCAGCGUAUGAUUCAAAAGCUGACAUCUGGUCAUUGGGAAUCACUGCUAUCGAACUAGCCAAAGGGGAGCCUCCCAACUCUGAUAUGCAUCCGAUGAGAGUUCUGUUUCUCAUUCCGAAAAACAAUCCUCCGACUUUAUUAGGAGAAUUCAGUAAACCUUUUAAAGAAUUCAUUGAUGCAUGUCUGAAUAAGGACCCAACAUUUCGCCCUACUGCAAAAGAACUUCUGAAGCACAAAUUCAUUAUGAAAAAUGCCAAGAAGACUUCAUAUCUGACAGAACUGAUUGAUAGAUUUAAGAGAUGGAAAGCAGAGGGACAUAGUAGUGAUGAAAGUGAUUCCGAUGGUUCCGAUUCGGAGUCCAGUAACAAAGAAAAUAACUCUCAUCCUGAGUGGAGCUUUACUACAGUUCGAAAGAAGCCAGAUGCAAAGAAGCUGCAGAAUGGGACGGAUCAGGAUCUUGUUAAAACCCUGAGUUGUUUAACUAUGAUAAUCACCCCUGUGUUUGCUGAGCUCAAACAGCAGGACACAAAUAAUGCUAGCAGAAAGAAAGCAAUUGAGGAACUUGAGAAAAGCAUCAAUGUGGCAGAAGCAACGUGUCCAGGGAUCACAGAUAAGAUGGUGAAGAAACUUAUGGAGAAAUUUCAGAAAUUUUCUGUUAAUGACUCAUCCUAAGAAACUUCACAUAAUUGACUGAUGUUUCGUAUGGACCCAGUGAAACCCACCAAAACUACUUCAAGCUUGGCAGUGCUUAGCUCAUGAGCUCCUUGUGCCUUUUGGAUCUUUGCAACAUAUGGAUGGUGAUUGAGGAUUUGAAAGAACCUACUCAACUAUUUUGUGGCAGUGCACAUGGUUUUAUACUUUCAGGAAAUUAUUUUGUAAAGAACAACUUUUAAUAUUGUAGUUUCACCUGUUUAAUCUGAUAAAUGUUGAGGUGCAGUUUUGCUUUUAGAAAUAACCAUUACUUUAGUUAAUAGAAAGUGCAAGUACAGUAUGUUUUGAUGCUAUUUUGUUCCUGUACAUGGGGAUGUACAGGUCUUUUGUAUUCAUGAGUUAAACUUUUGUAAAUCACUAACAAGCUUCAGAUAAAAUAGCUUUUUCACAAGCGUAUUCAAAACAUGUAAUGUAGUGGCAAGGGUAUUGCUGUAGCACCUGCUUCAACCAGCAUAUAGUUAUCGUGCCCUGAAAAAUAAACCUGCAACAGUAUCUAUUAUAAUUCUAAAUUGGUACAGUAUUUUAGGCAGCUCUAUGAUUAAAUAUAUUUGAGAGCAAUAUGUCAAUAGUUUGCAGGUGAUAUGUAGCAACAGGUAUAUCCUGAUGUACAGUAUAUGUAUUACCUUUUAGAACAAGUUUUGAAGUAGUAAUUCAAUCUUAUAUCAUCAUGUAGGAAAAUUUAAAGCAAUACAGUUGAGGGGGUGGGGCUUUUGGCAAUAAUGGACAAAACCUGAAGUCCAAUUUAACUUAAUUUAAUGUUUUUUCCUCUGAGUAUACAUGCCUGGGUGGAAGGGAGCCAGAGAAGCCGAGCGUCGCAUGAUACGUACCUCACAAGCAGGUAUAAGUGUAACACCAGCGUUCUGUGUGGUGGUGUUGUUUCUCCUGUAAGAUAUUUAUACACAUUUUUGUUCUUAAUUACAUUAAAUACAGUACAUCAACAUAAUUUGUUUAUAAUUUUAUGAAAGUGUAUUUUAAAUAUGUAUUUACCAGUUAAUAUGCAAAUAACUGAGUUAUAGAUAUUCUUUCACAAAAAGGUAGUACUGUGCAGUACGGAGUGAUUUUUUUUUUUUU